GUCACAUGACUUCAGCGUCUCUUCCGCUCUCUGAAGUCGGGACCACAUGAGCGGCUAUGAAAAGCCUAGCCGGGGUUGGGGGUUCUGUGCCCCCAGCCCCAUGCUCCUCCUGAGUCUACUGACGGCAGCUCCACUUGGCCUGCUGGGGGAGGAGACCCGCCAGGUGUCUCUGAAGGUCAUCUCUAACGCGCCGGACUUUUCCCAGAACCUGCUUCAUAUUCGGGCAGUGGGCACCAACUCCACACUGCACUAUGUGUGGAGCAGCCUGGGUCCCCCAGCAGUGCUGUUGGUGGCCACCAACACCCCUAACAGUACCCUGAGUGUCAACUGGAGCCUCCUGCUCUCCUCUGAUCCUGACGGGGGCCUGAUGGUGCUCCCCGAGGAGAGCAUUCAAUUUUCUUCUGCCCUUGUCUUUACCAGGCUGUUUGAGUUUGAUAGCACCAAUAUGUCCGAUGCGGCCUCAAGGCCUCCAGGAAAAUCAUAUCCUCCGUAUUCCUUGGCCAAUUUCUCCUGGAACAACAUCACUGACUCACUGGAUCCUGCCACCCUCAGCGCAACAUUUCGAGGCCACCCUGUUCGCGACCCCACUGGGGCCUUUGCCAAUGGCAGCCUGGCCUUCAGGGUCCAGGCCUUCUCCACCUCUGGCCGACCAGCCCAACCCCCUCGCCUCCUGCACUCAGCGGACACCUGCCAGGUAGAGGUGGCCCUGGUUGGGGCCUCUCCCCGGGGAAACCGCUCCCUGUUUGGGCUGGAGGUAGCCACCUUGGGCCAGGGCCCUGGCUGCCCCUCAAUGCAGGAGCAGCACUCCAUCGAUGAUGAGUACGCCCCCGCUGUCUUCCAGUUGGACCAGCUGCUGUGGGGCUCCCUCCCAUCAGGCUUCAUGCAGUGGCGACCAGUGGCUUUCUCCCAGAAGCAGGGCAGCCGGGACUCAGCCAUGCCCUGCCAAUCUUCCCCACUUCACCCCACGUUGGCAUACCUUCUCCCCCAGUCACCCAUUGUCCGAGCCUUCUUUAAGACCCAGGACCACUCCUGUGCCUUCAAUCUGACAUUUGGGGCUCCCACAGGCCCUGGCUACUGGGACCAACACUACCUCAGCUGGUCCAUGCUCCUGGGUGUGGGCAGCCCUCCAGUGGAUGCCUUGUCCCCGCUAGUCCUAGGCAUCAUGGCAGUGGCCCUAGGUGCCCCAGCACUCAUGCUGCUGGCAGGAGGCCUGUUUCUGCUGCUGGGCCGCAAGCGGGACUCUGAAUACCAGUCCAUAAAUUGAGGCCUGCUCUCUAGAGGAAAGGACAUUACUGGACCUGCCUUGCUGGUCUGCAGGUUUGAGGGUCAGUAUUCCCAGGCAGCUCCUCCUCUUUGGUAUCUUCCUGUUCGGUAGAACCUCAGAUCAGCCUCAACUUCCUGGGGGACCCAGGUGGGGCUUCCUUCCAACUCUGAGGAGGGACCAGACAAAGAAUGAUUGCUAGAGGGAGGGUCCCCGCCGCGUUGCCUCCCCAUUCCUCCACCAUCCCGUUUCCCUUGAAUGGGACUCACAGGCCUAAAUGAGAGAGGCCUUCUGACUGUUUGCUGCACUGGAAAGCAUGAAAUAGAAUAGUUGUUUUUUUUUUUCCACA